GCUUUGGAGCGCAAAUGGCAACCGUUUCUCUUUCGUUGCGUUCUUCUUUAGCACACACACUAAAGAGAAAAAGAUGGCAAUGGCCUUAUCCUCAUCUACACUUACUCCGACCAUCAAACUGUCGCCUCCUUCAACAUCCCAACAACCCAGGUUUCUUCUUCGCAUUCCUUCAAACCCCAUUUCCGCUGCCCCAUCUUCAAACACUAAGUUCCUCACUGCUUCACCUUCUCACAAGUGGAGGAUCAGAAUCUCUUUCUUUCCUACCUUUUUGAACAAAGGAAAAGGAAAAGGAAAAGGAAAAGAUGUUACUGCUCUUAAAGAGGAACUUCUUCAGGCAAUUGCGCCCCUUGAUCGAGGAGCUGAGGCCACUCCUGAAGAUCAGGAAAUGGUUGAUCAGAUAUCACGCAAGCUUGAAGCAGCCAACCCCAUAAAUGAACCCCUCAAAUCUGAUUUACUAAAUGGGAAAUGGGAGCUCAUAUAUACUACUUCAAGAUCAAUUCUGCAAACUGAGAGGCCCAAGUUUUUAAGAUCAAGAACAAACUAUCAAGGAAUCAAUGUAGAUACACUCAGAGCUCAAAAUAUGGAAUCUGGGCCGUUCUUCAACCAGGUCACAGCAAACUUGAAGCCUUUAAAUUCAAGAAAAGUAGCUGUUCAAUUUGACACAUUCAAAAUCCUUGGUCUGAUACCGGUUAAAGCACCUGGAAGAGCCCGCGGUGAACUGGAAAUCACAUAUUUGGAUGAAGAGUUGCGAAUAUCCAGAGGUGACAAAGGGAAUCUCUUUAUCUUGAAGAUGAUCGAUCCUUCUUAUCGAGUACCCGUGUAAUGCUAAUCUCUUUACGUUACUAGUAAUAUCUUCCUAAAGCCAGAUGAAAUCACAAAACCAGAGAGUGAAUAUUAUGAUCUUCUAAAUUGAUUCUCAUGAUAUCUUCAUAAAACUUGUGGCAAUCUUCUGUAUAUUUGCCAUAUACCAAAUUGUACCAUAAGAAUCUCUGCAUCGUGUACCCUAGAAACAAUUUGUUCUCUUGUUCCUGUGUUUUAUGAGAAUAUAUGUUUCAUCCAUUCAUAUUUUAAUGUAGU